AAGGGGGCGGUCCUCGUGCCGUGACAGUGAACAGAAGUCGCUUCGGCGUGGGAAGACAGCGGGGUGACUGAGUACCGGAAUUAGCACUUUUUUUCUGCCAGAUCGGGUUCGGUUGGCAAUAAACCGGAGGGUGAACGCUGAUUCAGCGUGUCGAGAAGCGAGGAAUACGCUUGAGGCAGCGCUGGACCUUGACUGCGCCCCCUGGGGCGGGUGAGACGGGCAACAGUCCGGUCGGCAGCCCUGCGGAGGGAGUCGCAGCUUAGUCCUAAGAUCCGGGAGCAGCGGCGGCUCCCCGCGUCGCACGGCCGAUUCCGUGGUGUCUGAUGCCUGCUUCUGGCUGGAUCCCGUGUCUCCGGAAUCAUACAGGAGCAGACCCCCCUCCCCUUUCUUUGUCUCCGGCCGACCUGAAAGCUGCUGCCACUUUGCUUCCCUGAAGAGGUGUGUGGUGUGAGGUUCGAGGAGGCACCUUCACCGCGGCUGGAGGACCAGUCCGCCCGCGUCCUCCCCGCUUGUUUUUUUUCCAUCAACCACGCUUUUUGCUUGGCAGCGACAUCGGGAGAGUCUGUAUCAUUUCCGCGCAGUGAGGCUUGGGGUUUUCACGGAGGUUUCUAAGCGCAGAUGCGCUGCUUCUGUCUUGCCCUGGUGCCUUCGGGGCGCCUGCGGGUGAGGACAGCCUGACCUUGCACUCCGGGGGAUGGCAGACGGGAUGGGGACGCAGGGGAGCCCCGUCAAGAGCUACGACUACCUGCUGAAAUUCCUGCUGGUGGGCGACAGCGAUGUGGGCAAGAGGGAGAUCCUGGACAGCCUGCAGGAUAGUGCGGCCGAGUCCCCUUAUGCCUACAGUAGCGGGAUCGACUACAAGACCACUACCAUCCUGUUGGAUGGGAGGCGGGUGAAACUGGAGCUGUGGGAUACCUCUGGACAGGGACGGUUCUGCACCAUCUUCCGGUCCUACUCCCGCGGCGCGCAGGGCAUCUUGCUCGUCUAUGACAUCACCAACCGCUGGUCUUUUGAUGGCAUCGACCGCUGGAUCCGGGAGAUCGAUGAGCAUGCCCCGGGGGUCCCGCGCAUCCUGGUGGGCAACCGGCUGCACCUGGCGUUCAAGCGGCGGGUGCCCACGGAGCAGGCUCGCGCCUACGCCGAGCGGAACGCCAUGACCUUCUUCGAGGUCAGCCCGCUUUGCAACUUCAAUGUCAUCGAGUCCUUCACCGAGCUGUCCCGCAUCGUGCUCAUGAGGCAUGGCAUGGAGAAGUUCUGGAGGCCCAACCGAGUGUUCAGCCUGCAGGACCUGUGCUGCCGCGCCAUCGUGUCCUGCACCCCCGUCCACCUCAUCGACAAGCUGCCCCUGCCCGUGGCCAUCAAGAGCCACCUCAAGUCCUUCUCCAUGGUCAACGGCAUGAACGCGGUCAUGAUGCACGGCCGCUCGUAUUCCCUGGCCAGCGGGGGUAGCGGCGGCGGGGGCGGGGGCAGCAAGGGGAGCAGCCUGAAGCGCUCCAAAUCCACACGGCUGCCCCAGAGCCCCCCCCAGAACUAUACCAAGGGCAACUGCAAGAUCUCAUAGUGGGUGGAGCACACAGGCCCAGACCUUUGUGUCGGGUUGGCCCCACCAAUGGGAGAGCUAGAACUGUAAAGCCCCGCCUCCUGUUCCGGACCAUAACAAUGGCCUUUGGUGUAUCACUUUUGGGUCUUUUUUUUUAUAAUUUAUUAUUGGUGGUGUUAGUGAAAUCUGGUCAUGUCAGUUGAGACAAGGAAUUUGUACAGCUCUCAUCCCAGCCUGCCCCCUAAAGUCUGCCCCCUUCGUGAUUCUUUUAAGACAGUGUAUCCCAGCUCGGUUCUCUGCGAACCACAGACGGCCCACAUUUUUGCUCGGGAGGGAGCAAAAUUGUGGACUGUCUGUGGUUCCCUGAGGACCGGAUUGGGUCUCUGGCUCCGUUGUGUUUCCUUCCUCAUGGCAGGCAGAGCCCACUGCCCGUUCUCCAUAUCCAUCACGCUCGGAUGACACACAAUGCAGGUUCCACUCUGUGAAGCUCUUCCCGGAUUUUUUUUUUUUUUAAACUUUUUUUCUGUGUUAAGCUUUUUUAAACCAAGCUGAUGGCGUUCAUGCUUUCCACUGAAUUUCCCAGAAGCCUCCCCCUGCAGGCAAGCAUAAUGGGCUGUGUGACAUUCCUAUACGGCUUCUGCCAGCCUCACAGAUGCCUUGCUGUCAUCGUUUCAGGCUGACAUGCUUCAUUGCCGGCGAGCUGUUUGCUUUGUGACCAGCACUGAACGCCUGCCAUUCCUGUGCCUGAACGCUGGCCUGUGUGCCGCAUUCUCCUCUGUGCUGCACUUCACUCUUCACGCAGCUGCCAUUUAUCCCGAGUCGCCUGCCACUGCAUCUGCUCACCUUGGGAGAUUAUGCCCAGCCAUGAAACAGUCACUCCCCCUGCUGUCAAUCUCAGGGACAAGCCCCGCCCUCUGUCAGCCCAGCAAAUGAAGCUCCAUCUCAUUCAGUUGCUGAUUGGCCUGUGUGGAGUUUGUGUGUUUUUGUCUACCUUGGUGUGUGUGUGUGUGUGUGUGUGUGUGUGUGUGUACAGGCAGCUGGCUUGUGGGGGUCUUUCUGAACAUGGGAAUGUUGUGUCCUGGAUGAUUUUAACAGCUUCUACUAAACAAACCUCUGCUUUGCUACUCCUCGGUCCCUAGUGUCCCUCAUCCAGUGGUGUGUGAGCAGAUUAAAGUACACAUGUUACGAUUGGCUCUCUCACAGUUUUUUUUUUAAAUCUACUCGGAGCUUCAUUGGCCGAAGCCGACAUUAGUUACGUAAAGCUUGACCGCCACCAGGUGUGGUUAACAGUAAUAGGACGGUCAAACAGAGAUUUGGCUCUGAGGGUGCCAUCAUAUUCCUCAAGGGUAACGUGUAAAUGUUAACUGUAAACACUAGUCUGUACAUCUGUACUGCUGUGUGACUUUCAAAGGUGCUUUUCACAUCUUAAUGGGGAAACGUUUUAAUUUUAAACUGUACAGUUCAUAUCUGUAAGAAAGUUUUUCGACAAUAAAAUGUUUGACACUGUU